UGAGAGCUGAGGCGUCUUCAUUCAUGAGCAGACUGAGAGGUGGAUCCUGCGCACAGACUACACACUCACUAACACAUUGGACAAUGCUGCGAGUCAGGUGUCUGAGAGGAGGUAGCAGGGGGGCCGAGGCUGCCCAUCUGAUCGGAGCCAUGCUUGGCCGGGCGGCGACUGGAUGGGUGCAGAGGGCCUUUCAGAGCACUUCCAGUGCAGCUGCUGCACAGCCACAGCAUGCAGCUGAACCUAUUACUGAAACUGUGCUGCAGGAAUGCCCUGUGUGCAGCUACAAUGAAUGGGACCCUCUUGAGGAGGUCAUCGUGGGUCGUGCUGAAAACGCCCGUGUGCCUCCCUUCUCUGUGGAAGUGAAAGCUAACACAUAUGAGAAGCAUUGGCCCUUCUACCAGAAGUAUGGGGGCCUCUCUUUUCCUGCGGACCACUUGAAAAAAGCUGUUGCUGAGAUUGAGGAAAUGUGCAAUAUUCUGCGUCACGAGGGCGUCACUGUAAGGAGGCCAGAACGCAUCGACUGGUCCCAGGAAUACAAAACUCCAGACUUCGCAUCAUCAGGCAUGUACGCUGCCAUGCCCAGAGACAUCCUUAUGGUUGUGGGGAAUGAGAUUAUUGAGGCUCCUAUGGCCUGGAGGGCUCGCUUCUUUGAGUAUCGAGCCUACCGGCCUCUGAUCAAGGAGUACUUCAGAAACGGCGCUAAAUGGACCACUGCCCCUAAACCCACUAUGGCCGAUGAGCUGUAUGAUCAGGACUACCCCAUCCGCACAGUGGAGGACCGACACAAGCUGGCGGCCGAGGGGAAGUUUGUGACCACAGAGUACGAGCCCUGCUUCGAUGCCGCUGACUUCAUCCGAGCUGGGAGGGACCUUUUUGUCCAGAGGAGUCAGGUUACAAAUUACAUGGGAAUUGAGUGGAUGCGGCGCCAUCUGGCUCCAGACUACAACAUCCACAUCAUCUCAUUCAAGGACCCUAACCCCAUGCACAUUGAUGCCACUUUUAACAUCAUCGGGCCAGGACUGGUGCUGUCUAACCCUGAUCGUCCAUGUCGCCAGGUCGAUAUGUUCAAGAAGGCUGGUUGGACUGUUGUGAAACCUCCGACCCCUCUGAUUCCUGACGACCACCCACUGUGGAUGUCCUCCAAAUGGCUGUCCAUGAACGUCCUGAUGUUGGGUGAGAAGCGUGUUAUGGUUGACGCCAAUGAAGCCACCAUUCAAAAAAUGUUUGAGAACCUUGGUAUCGAGACCAUAAAGGUGAAUAUUCGCCAUGCCAACUCCCUGGGUGGUGGCUUCCACUGCUGGACAACCGAUGUCCGCCGCCGUGGUACCCUGGAGUCCUACUUCCACUAGCCUUGCCAGAAAUAGGCAGUUUUUAUUGAGCUUUAAAGAUUAAAGCUUCAGUGUGGAAUCUUAAUUCCACCAUCAUUAUUGAAUCUUUUUUGAAAGUCAAUUGUGUAUGUACACACUAAUCACAGAUCUACUGUUGGCAAAUUUCUUAAAAAGUAUUUGAAAGUUGUGUGUUUGGGUGUCACCUGCUGCAACUCAAAGUCAAAGCAGUGAACAAUAUGUUGUUCAAACCAAAUAAUUGGGCUGUCUUAUCAUGACAGGUGGCACCAAAGUCCUUUUUGGGUAAUGGGUCUUUAUGUACGAGUUGUUUUGAUUUGACAUUGCUGUGCAUCACAGUGCCUUUGCAAACAGCUUUGUUCAGAUAUACAGUAUAUAUAUAUACAUAUAUAUACAUAUGCUCAAUAGUAACAAAUGAACAUAACUUUACUUCAAUCAGUAAUCUCAAUAUGAACUGCAUUUCUGGCCUGGCUAUUGUGAAUUUGAAUUAUUUAUGGCUUAUACAUCUACAAGUCAUAACUUUUAGGACAAGGUACAAUUUGGUAUGUGAAAGUCAUCAAUCAAGGAGGAGCAAAGCUACCUCCUCAUGGAAAUGUCAGACACCAUACUUCUUUCUUUUUCCAAAGGAUUUUUUAUUAUUUAAAGGGAUGUAUGAAAGUUGUUAAGUAGGUCAUUAAACAAUAUAAAUUUCUUAUCGCUAGUAUAUUAUUUUGUAAAGAUUUUAAUUGAUUGAACAGACAAAGUUCUAUUUAUAUUUUUCAUACUCUUUAUUGGAUUUCCCAACAAUUAGUGUUUUUAUAUAUUUACUUUAAAAAUACGCGGUCCAUAUCAGAUAUUGUAUACCUUUUGCCUUUUCUCCUAUUGCAAAUCUGGGCCAGUUUUCUGCUACUAGUCAUUCUCACUGAACUGAUUGGCUGCUUUUGUGUGCAAAGCAAAAAUGUUGUGUUGUGCUAAGAUGUUUUGAUGUUUUAUGAUUCCUUUGCUGCAUAUACAUGAUGGAUAUAGGGUGUGUAACUCUUCAAGUCUGCCUUGAUAUUUAUUUUGAAACAAUGAAUUCAAGGGAAGUAAUGGCUCAACAGAGGAAUGCAAGAGAUUUUUUGUAUUAUGCAACAUUAUUAAAAUGUAAUAAACAAGA